AUGGGGCAGUCGAAAAUUAGUAUGAAAGAACUAGCCAACAUCAAACGAAAGAUCGUUGAGUCAGUCGAUCAGUAUCUAAAUAGGUUUAGGAUUUUUGAAGCUAGAUGCUUUACUCAAGUCCCUGAGCACGAGUUAGUCGAGAUAGUCGCAGGCGGGUUGAAUUAUUCCAUAAGAAAGAAAUUAGAUACUCAAUAUCUGAGGGAUAUGGCGCAAUUGACUGACAAAGUUCGACACAUAGAACACUUGAAAGCUGAAAAGACCAAAAUUGAUCGAUACCAUAAAAAAGAAAAAGUAUCCUAUAUUGCAGUCGAGGGAUGUUCUUCUGACGAUGAAGGGUUGAUCGACGAGAGCGAGGUUAACGUGGCGAAACUCAAGCCUGGACCUCCCUAUACGUGUAAAGUUUUAAAACCAUCGAAUGGGAAAAUUCCCACUGAAGCUGAAAAAACAGAUAAAUACGUUGCAAAGACUUACACGUUUGAUGUGUCUAAGUGUGACGAAAUCUUUGAUCUAUUGGGAUUUGGUUUAAAAGGCAUUAAAGAAGGGAUACUUCAAUUUGGAGAAAGGCCAAAUAUGCAAGUGGACUCUGAUCCGCUGAAGGUCGCAGAAGCUUUGUAUUCUGAGCCUAUCGAAUGCAUGAUGGUGGAGACUACUGAUGGUCUCGUGGAAUCUUUGGAUGUGGUAUAUUUAGCUGAGUCUUUCGAAGUACUAAUGGUUGAAACCACUGAUGGUUUCGACAAAAAAACGGAAAGUGGACUGCUAUAA